AUGGAACCAGCUCAACCAACAGGAAGAAUGACCCUCAAUUGGUUUGCGUUGAGCGACGGUUUCUUACCACCGGGGGUCGCGACCGGAACUGUUUCUUACAACGCUUUCACGAGUGGAAGUGUUUGUACUGACAUCAGUUUUGCAAAGGAUGUUAGCGUCACAGCAUUUGAGGUGUGCAUAAAAGACCUCCCUGGAUUAAUCGGGAAUCACGAACCAAUAACAGUUGACUAUUCUGCUGUAGGAGAUCUUGAUCCCUGUCUUGACGUUACAUGUGAAAAGUUCGCAGUUUGUCGUGCGUUUGGUCCCUACGAUGCACGAUGUGUCUGUGUAACAGAUUGUCCUUCAGUCGAACAAAAACUCUGCGCUUCAAACGGACAAACUUUCAACAAUGUUUGUUUAUUCCAACUAAAAGUUUGUCAAACCAAAGCAAACUAUACAAUUUAUCAUCGCAGGAAUUGCAGAGGUUUUCCUAUGAGGAGAGGCAGAAGAUACGUCGCUGAUGUUCCUAAUUGGUCUCGUUCACAUUGCCAAACUGUUAAAUUCGAUCCUUUAUCUUUCUAUCCGGACAAACCUGUUCACGUGCAGAUCAGCGUGAGCCACGUGAAUGACUCGGGCCAAGUUCAUGAAGCCGCAGUAUCGUGGGUAGAAGAUGUGAGCGACACUCAUUUCAAAUUUUGUGUGAUGGAGUCAGGAAGAAAUGAAGGGCCACCUCAUGGAUUUGCUACUGUUGAAUAUAUGGCUUAUCAAGGCGCUCCCAGCGGAGGGUUGGCGGGAUCGGUGCUGAUUCCAGAGUGGUGGACUGGAUCCAAGUGCCAAUAUGUGAAAAUGUCAUCGGGAUCUUUUUACUCAACACCAACGGUCUUGGUGACAGCAGAACAUCAUCGACUUAGUCUUAAACACGACGCUGCAUCAUUGUGGUUGGAAAACGUCAAUAGAUACUCAUUUAAAGUGUGUAUGCGUGAAUUACAAAACUUUGAUGGACCUCACCAAGAUAUUUACGUGAAUUGGAUUGCAUUUGAAACUCUCGAACGGCCUAUUUUCACAGAACAAGGCUCCAAUCAUUUCGUCCGCACUUCGAAGAAUCCUCCGCCCAGCACCAAUUACGCACAAUGCAAGGUAAAAUUUGUAAUUAUUUUUCAUUGCAUAAAAUGA